AAGCAUUGUAAUAGGCAAUAGCAUCACUUUCUUCUCAUUGUUGUGCUUCGGAGUUUCUACCUGCGAUUCCAAUGGCGGCCAUUACCCGCCUCGUAAAGCGCAACCCCCCUCUAUUUUCCUUGGCGCGUGGAUUUUCAUCAACCAUUUCUCCCGCGCCGCCGCGCAAGGAGAGAAACGUCCAGUGGGUGUUCUUGGGCUGCCCCGGCGUCGGAAAAGGCACCUAUGCCAGCCGUCUCUGCAACCUCCUCGGCGUCCCUCACAUCGCCACCGGAGAUCUCGUUCGCCAUGAGCUCGCCUCCAAUGGCCCCCUCUCUUCUCAGCUAUCAGAAAUUGUUAAUCAAGGAAAAUUAGUGUCAGACGAAAUUAUCAUAAGUUUAUUGUCAAAGAGACUGGCAGAUGGGGAAGCUAAAGGUGAAUCAGGAUUUAUUCUUGAUGGUUUUCCUCGAACUAUAAAGCAAGCAGAAAUAUUGGAAGGGGUAACUGACAUUGACUUGGUGGUCAAUCUGAAACUCCAAGAAGAAGCACUGCUUGCAAAAUGCCUUGGUAGGAGAAUUUGCAAUCAGUGUGGAGGAAAUUUCAAUGUUGCCACCAUUAAUGUCAAGGGUGAGAGUGGGCGCCAAGGAAUGGUCAUGGCUCCACUUCUUCCUCCUGCUCAUUGUAUGUCAAAGCUCAUUACUCGUUCAGAUGAUACUGAACCGGUAGUCAAAGAAAGGCUUCGUGUAUACAAUGAAAUGAGUCAACCUGUAGAGGAAUUUUACCGUAGUAGAGGAAAACUGUUAGAGUUUGAUCUGCCAGGAGGGAUCCCAGAAUCUUGGCCCAAGUUGCUGCAGGCUCUUAAUCUUGAUGAUUAUGAGGAGAAGCAGUCUGUGGCAGCAUAAGAUAUAAAAGUGUACUAUACAAAUGAGUAUUUCAUUCUUUGCAUGCAUGUAUUGCAUGCUUGGCAAUUUUGCAGGAAAUAGAACCAAAGAAGGUGGACUUCUCUAUUAGUGUUAUACGGAUAAAUAAUGAUUUCAGGAAGUGUCGGAAUCUGAUCUAACUUUACCCUGUUGGGAUUUCCAUUAUUUUAAUUUUGCUAUAUAUGGCAAUGGUUUUGGUGCUUUCUGAUGUUGUCAGGAGCAGUUAAUUUCUGAUUGAAUUGCUGCAUAGAUGGUUGACACAAUUAUGUGUUGUAACUGAAAUAAGAAUGAACCAAUGUUAUUGUAUUAUCAAUCAAGGGAUUUAGGGAAUGCUUUUCGCUGGAGUUAACGUCGAGGAAAAACUAUUGUACCAUGCUAUUUAAUUUUAAUAUGCUUGUUGAUUUCAUAACAGUCACGAAUGACUCCUUUUCAUCGACUAUGCUUUGGUUUGAAUGCAUUUUGCAGGUUUAACGUGAGGCCAAAUCCUAGGCAUUCUUAUUUUACUGUUAGCAGGGGUGUGGGUAUCAUACAUUUUAUCUAGUUCAAAUGAAAAUGAAAUUAUCAAUUUUCUUCUAGUUUAUUUAAUUGAUAUAUGGGUUACUAAUAUUCAAUUCUUCUGUCAAAGUUGCCUUCUUCCCAGAUAUCGAGGGGAUUUUUCUUUUGGGUUAAGAAGGAAAUGGAAAAAAGGGAGAAGGGUGUGGUUUUAGAACAUUGCAGCUGGCCGAGCUGGUUGGCAUAAGUGUUUGCUAGCCAGUAAGUUGAAACAGCUGCUAAAAUAAUACAGGGCAUAGUACCAGCUCUUCACUGCUAAGCUUUUGUGGUGUAAGAUAGAUUGUGCCGUGCAUUUUUUACCUAGUUAGUCAUCCUCGUGUUCCUGUGAGUUCCUUUUUCUUCCACCUUUUUAAGCAGUUUCAUGUGGACCUGCGGUUGAAGUUCUCUCAUGGGCACUCACUGAUAGAUUUUGUCGAUUCUUUUGUUUUGGUUUUUUCGUUUGUGUCAAACAUUUUAAACUUAUCUAUUGUAACUG